CACAAAAAAAUCAACAACAACAACUGCAGUGGUUUACGUGCGUGAAAAUUAGUUAAGUUUUUAAGACGAGACGAAAAAACAGUAUUUUACUCACACGAAAACGCACAGAUAUUGUUAUAAAUGGUGCAACAAACGGCCAGGCAAACCCCAAACGGCAGCAACGAAACGCAGCGCUGUUAAACAACGUGAAUUGCAAAAGUGAAAACAGUGCCAAAAGCAAAACGUAAAAGCAAAAAGGAAAAGGCUACAUAUUCACACAUACGUAUAUAAACAUAUAUGCAUAUGUACAUAUACUCAAGUGGUGCUCGCGUUGCACUCGACGCCCCUGUUCAAUAAGUUAUUUACUUGAUAUUUUUGUUGUAGUGUGUUGCAAUUUCAACAGCUGCGGCAACAGCCGCUAGAAACCACAGCCAAACAUACACCUACACACAGUCGCACACACCCUUCCAUUCACACAUACAUUCGACGCAGGCAGAGCUAUCUCUGUGCAUAUUGCGUAUUGCAGAGUGAGAGAAGAUAAACCACAACAACGAUUCAGCUUCAACGUUUUACCUUCAGCUCACACACACAAGCACACGCACACACAGUCCACACAUGUCUUACAUGAUGGCCAAAACUCUGGAGGAGCAAAGCCUGCGCGAAUGCGAACAUUAUAUACAAUCGCAUGGCAUUCAGCGCGUCCUCAAAGACUGCAUCGUCCAGCUCUGCGUCUGCCGACCGGACAAUCCUGUCCAAUUCCUGCGUAGCUAUUUUCAAAAACUGGAACGGGAACAAGUCAAACUGGAUGCCAGCAAACAGGUGAUCAGCCCAGACGAUUGUGAGGAUCUCAGUCCAAUGCCACAAACAGCUGCACCGCCCGUUCGCCGGCGCGGCGGCAUCUCCGCCGAGCCGGUGACCGAAGAGGACGCCACCAACUAUGUUAAAAAAGUCGUACCCAAGGAUUACAAGACAAUGAAUGCCCUGUCCAAGGCCAUAGCCAAAAAUGUGCUCUUCGCCCAUUUGGAUGAGAGCGAACGCUCCGACAUAUUCGAUGCCAUGUUCCCGGUGAACCAUACGGCUGGCGAGAAUAUCAUACAGCAGGGCGACGAGGGCGACAAUUUCUAUGUCAUCGAUGUGGGCGAGGUGGAGGUCUUUGUGAACUCUGAACUGGUGACCACCAUCAGCGAGGGCGGCAGCUUCGGUGAGCUGGCUCUCAUCUAUGGCACACCACGUGCCGCCACGGUGCGCGCCAAGACCGAUGUCAAGCUGUGGGGCAUCGAUCGCGAUAGCUAUAGACGCAUCCUGAUGGGCUCAACCAUACGCAAGCGUAAGAUGUACGAGGAGUUCCUGUCGCGUGUCUCCAUACUGGAGAGCCUGGACAAGUGGGAGCGGCUCACCGUUGCCGAUUCCCUGGAGACGUGCUCCUUUGAGGACGGCGAAACGAUUGUCAAACAGGGCGCAGCCGGCGACGACUUCUACAUCAUACUCGAGGGCUGUGCCGUUGUCCUGCAACAGCGCUCCGAGCAGGGCGAGGAGCCCGCCGAGGUGGGUCGCCUGGGCUCCAGCGAUUACUUUGGCGAGAUUGCCCUGCUCCUGGACCGGCCACGCGCAGCAACUGUUGUCGCUCGCGGCCCGCUCAAAUGUGUCAAGCUGGACAGAGCGAGAUUUGAACGCGUUUUGGGACCCUGUGCGGAUAUUCUGAAGCGCAACAUAACGCAGUAUAACAGUUUCGUUUCACUGUCCGUCUAAGCCGGUCCAGCAUCAACAACAACAA